CCGCCCGCGCGAGCCCCAGCCGGCCGCCCACGUCUGCCCAGCCCGCGGCCCACGCUCGCCCCAGGCCUGCCAGCAUGCCCGCCGCACCAGGGGGCACCCACAGGUGCCUCCAGGCCCUUCUCCUGGCCCUGAUCUUGCUCCUGUUGGCCAGCAUCCUGUACAUGAACACCGGGCUGUUCACACCCCUGCUCGGGGGCCGGGCCGAGGGGCCGCCCAUCAUCAACGUCAUGUUCCUCAAGACGCACAAGACGGCCAGCAGCACGGUGCUCAACAUCCUCUUCCGCUUCGCGGAGACGCACAACCUGUCGGUGGCGCUGCCCGCAGGCAAUAGCUUCCACCUGGGGUACCCCUGGCUCUUCCUGGCACGCUACGUGGAGGGCUGGGGGGGCUCGAAGCCCGGCCUGCAGCGGCGUUUUAACAUCAUGUGCAACCACCUGAGGUUCAACCUGCCCGAGGUUCAGAAAAUCAUGCCCAACGACACGUUCUACUUCUCCAUCCUCAGAAACCCCGUGUUCCAGCUGGAGUCUUCCUUCAUCUACUACAGGGGCUACGUCCCCGCGUUCAGGAACGUGCAGACCCUGGACGCCUUCCUGGCCUCGCCACGGACCUACUACGACCAGAAAGGGGGCCUGCACAACGCCCACGCCAGGAACAACAUGUGGUUCGACCUGGGCUUCGAUAACAACGCGCCGGCCGAGGAGGGCUACGUGCGCGCACGCCUGGCCGACGUGGAGAAGCGCUUCCAGCUGGUGCUCAUCGCCGAGCACUUCGACGAGUCCAUGGUGCUGCUGCGGCACCUGCUGCACUGGCAGCUGGACGACGUGGUGGCCUUCCGCCUCAACUCGCGCAGCCAGCGCACUGUGACCCGCCUGACGCCCGAGGCCCAGGAGCGCGCCAAGCGCUGGUGCGCCCUGGACUGGCGCCUGUACCAGCACUUCAACCGCACUUUCUGGGCGCGCGUGCAGGCCGAGCUGGGGCCACACCGCCUGCGCUCCGAAGUGGCCCGGCUGCGGGCGCGGCGGCAGGAGCUCAUGACGCAGUGCCUGCAGGACGGCGUGGCCAAGAACAAGACACAGAUCACCGACCCCCGGCUGCACCCCUACCAGUCGGGUGACGCCAGCAUCCUGGGCUACAACCUCCGGCCGGACCUGGACAACCAGACGCGGCAGGUGUGUCGCAGGAUGGUCAUGCCUGAGCUCCAGUACAUGGCCCACCUGUACGCCCUGCAGUUCCCCAACAAGCCCCGCAAGAAGAUCCCCUUCCCCCAGUAGAGGGACAGCGCCGGGGACUGGGCCCCCGUCCCGGCAUCGUUCCCGUCAUCGCCGAGACACGGCUUGCGGUGGGGGGCUGCCGGGGCAGUGGCUGGCCGGGCGGAGACCCCCAUGGAGGCACCCACCCGUGAUCCACCUCCUUGGGGGCGCCUCCGCCGUGGGGGCCUGGUCCAGGGCGGUGGGCCCGCCCAGCCUGUGGGGAUGACCUGGUGCGUCAGGUGGGGCGGUCUCAGCAGGUGGGAAAGGGAGUGGUACUUAAUCACAUGUUGAUGGAAGAACACACAGGGGCACCUUGGCCAUCAGAGGGACCCCACCCAGGGAAUCCAGAGGGCUUGGGCAGCAGGGCCGGGGGGCCUCCGAGGAGCCCACGGCAGCUCCCGGGGUCUGCGGGCCAUGGGCCAUGGCGCUGGUCACAGACUCCAGGCAGCCCCUGCCCGCGGGCAGCACCUGGAAGCUGGCAGGAGGCCACAGGGAUCCGGAACGUCCAGCUUCCCGUCUCUGGCUGUCAGCGGCUUCUUUGCGACUGAAGAUUGGGUUUCGGUUGAGAAAUGUGAAAACUGCUUCUGGUCAGAGCCCAGCUCCCUGUUCGGAUGACCCCCCGGGAUGUCUGGCGCAGGAGGAAACGUCUGACCUGCGGGACCGUCGCCCAUGGCUCACGCCCGCCGUCGUCCCAGAAAACACACUGGAGGCUGUCCCUGUUUGUCAAUGGUGGGGAGGGACUGGGGGGCUCCUGCCCAGCGGGACGCGGUCCUGGCUGCCUGGCGGGCCAGGGGUUAGAGCCGGCAGGGGUGCCCACGGGGGCUGUAGACCCUGGGUCCCGAGAGAUGCGGGUGCCUGCAGUGCCCAAGAAACAGAGGCUCAGUCCGGCCCAUCUGCCAGCCGCCCGGGGUCCCUUUCCUCCCACGGGAUGGCAGGGACCGUGUGGGGCCCUGGCCGCACCCCUCAGGGCCAGCCCGGCGGUCAGAACAGGCAGCAGCCCCCAGGUUCAUGGAGGGAGAUGUAGGAGGAAUGAGUUUCAGUGCGAUUAGAGGACACACUGCUGAGAUGCUGCGAGUAAGAGGACACUGGACACUGAGCACCGCUUCCCCAGCCCCGCACAGGGACGGGGAGCCACGGAACCCCAGGAUCCCUCAUCCGUGACCCCGAGGGUCAGCACGGCGGGGAGACCGGGGGCCGCCACGUCCCUGAAAGGCAGUGAGGCUUUACGGGGAAGAAACCACAGAGAGACCCCAGUCACACUCAGCGCCUGGAGCAUUGGGGGGGCUCCACAGGUUCUGGGAAAGCGGCGCCCACGUGCCCGCUGCCACCAGCCGCCAGCCCAGGGCACACACUGCCCCCUCCCCGCGGCACAGACGUGGCUCGGAUCCCAGCUGCAUGCAGGGCAGGAACUCGGAGGUGCGGUCGGAAUCGAGGGUAUUUGCUUUUGCCUCUGGUUGGCAGGAAUGUAAACUGGUUUUGUCUCUGCAGAAGGAAAUUCGGGGUAUUGUUACACUGUAAAGGGCACAUGGUUGGAGGGAGGCUCCUCGGCAAACAGCCGGGAAAUCCAUGCAAACACCCGAGUCUCCCGCGCCUAGGGAAGCCCCGGGGCACGGAUUCCGGCACGGACUUCCUUCAGCUGCCGGACAGAGGGACACCCAGGCCUUGGCAACGACAGAUGGCCGCGGGGGGCAGGGGCCCCUGCCACGGAGGAAGCCCAGGAGGCGGACCUUCUGAUUUGUCAAGAGAAGCUGGAAAUACAGGUUUUCCUGUGAAAUCUCCACAUUUAAAACGGCUGGUGUCUCAUGCAAACAUUUAUCAGGGUGGUGGUGGGGGCGCGGGGCGGUGAGCAGGUGGAGGGGAUAGAGCUCGGAGCUUCCAGCAUCGGGCCGGCUGAGGGCUCUGCGUAGAGGGGCGCGGCUGUGUUGUCUGCGGACGUGCUCCUGUCCCCUCAGCACGGACGGUACAGCCUCAAACUAAUAGAAUGUCGUUUGUCGCAAGCAAAAAAACCAAAACAGAGCGCCCAGCUCUCUCUUGUGUCUGUAGAGGAGAGGGGAUGGGGGCCUAGGAGGAGCCGCUCGCUCCCCUACAUGAGUGGACAGGAAAGAUCAUUACGAGCGUACUUAAAAUUUUUUUGAGUAUUUUUGGGAGCGUCUAUGAAUAAAAGCUUUUC